AUUCACAUCAUUUCUAUUAGCUCUUGAAUGUACCAGGCACUCUCUUUCUACAUCAACAUUACCAACAUUACCAUCUCUUUUUGUAUCUAGCACUCCAACCUCUCCAAGCUAUCGCUUCUUCUUCCAACACAGAAAAUCAGUCUCUGUAACAUCAAUAGCUACAUCAGCAGCUAGCAACAGGCAAGCAAAUCACCUCAACCCUCUCCUUUUCCCCCCAUCUUCACAUUCCUUUCUUUCCCUCUUGUACUUUUAUGCGUUAGAGUCAUAGCCCCACUUCCUUCCCCCUACCUCUUAUCUUGCCUUUUAAGCAUAUCUUCUCUUUUUCCAAUAUUCUAUCCCCUUCCUUUCUUCCUCCCCUCUCUCCUCACAACCGCCAUCUCCAUGCUUGGAUGUGCUCAGCAAGGGAGAAACAAGAAGACAUAAUCAAAAAGAUUAAAAGCGAAGCUGAUGCAUCCAAUCACAUGGCUCGCCACAGUCUCCUCGGCUCUGUAGGCGUAACCCUAAAUACAAUCACUCCCUGCGCCGCCUGCAAGCUCCUUCGCCGCCGCUGCGCCCAAGAAUGCCCUUUCUCCCCUUACUUCUCUCCUCACGAGCCCCAAAAGUUCGCCUCCGUCCACAAAGUCUUCGGCGCCAGUAACGUCUCAAAGAUGCUCAUGGAAGUUCCAGAGUCUCAGAGAGCCGAUGCAGCCAACAGUCUUGUCUAUGAAGCCAACGUGAGGCUUCGAGAUCCUGUUUAUGGGUGCAUGGGAGCCAUCACGGCCCUUCAGAGACAGGUACAGGCUCUUGAGGCGGAGCUCUCCGCCGUAAGAACCGAGAUUCUGAAACACAAAUAUAGACAUGCAGGCGUUCAUGCGGUUCUUUUUGCCUCUACUGCGGAUGUAUCGGUAGCAGCGCCACCGCCGAUCCAUGGCUUGCCCCGGCCGGCGGCCGCCGCUGCUGCCGCCUCUUUCCCUGUUUUGACUAGAGGCACGAUUUCUUCAGCUAUGUAUCCUCCAGCUCCAUCCAGCUCCACUGACUACAGCUCCAUCACAAAUGAAAAUGUCACGUAUUUUGGAUGAUAGAUUUGCAAAUUAA